AUGAAGAAGCCAGCUGCAGCAGAAGAAGCAAGUGAAAAGGCUGCAGCUGCACCAGUAGCAGCUGAAGCAGAGGAGUGGCUUGGAAGAAAGCCAGGCAUUGCCAGGAAGCGACGGGAUGGCAACCCUUUCAGAGGCCAAUGCUUUGCAGAAGCUGCUGGGGAGGAAGUUCAGACCACAGAUGAGAUGGUGGAUGCAGAAGCUUCACAAGCCUUCCAACCAAAGGGGAGCCAGGAUGGGGUGGAAGGAAAGGAAGAACAUGUGAAGCUUGAGCCAAGGGCAGAAAGGGAGGAGCUUGAAACAAGGCCAGCAGGCAAGAAUGAGAGGCUUGAGGCACAGCCAGAAGAGCAGCAGGAGGGGCUUAAAACUAGGCCAGCAGGCAAAGAUGAAUGA